AUGGUCUACUGGCUUUGGCCUAAAAAUAGUUCCAAAAAUACUGAACAACCAGUAAAUAACCCUUCUCCCAAUCCCAACAACAUCCAAUAUCUCCCUUCUGAAACUGAAGCCCAAACUAAAAUUAACCAAAUAAAAUCCUCUAAAAACUUAGAUGACCAACAAGCCACUAUUGAAUUCUUAACUUCCUAUAUAAAAUUAGUAAAUAGUAAAACAGGCUUUCCUCCUUUUCCAAAAGUUCCCUCGGUCGAUGAGUUUAAUCAAAGAGCAGAUCAAGUUUUUGGUUUAGAUUUUAAUAAUUAUGUCCUUACUGUUUUAAAACCUUUAAUGGAUCAAGUUAAAUUCAAGCCUGCUUUUGCUACCCAAACUAAUUAUCAAGAAUUAGCCCGUCGACUACAAGAAGAAAUAAAUCCGCUAUUAUCUUCUUUAACUACUCAAUUUUCUUCUCUGAAUUCGGUUGGUGAACUUAAUAAUUUAACCGAAACUCUACUCAGCAAAUAUUUUCAGGGCUAUAUUUAUGCCGAAGCCAUUCAUGAUGAAUUAGGCCAACAAUUAGGAAUCACUAAUCAUCAGAAAUUUGAGGGACAAAAGACCG